AUGUCGGCUCAUCGGCCAAACGCUUUCAACAGCCUCCGGAUGGGAGAGGUGAUCCGCGAGAAGGUCCAAGAUGGAGUGACUGGAGAAACUCGGGACCUGCAAUACACGCAAUGCAAGAUUGUCGGAAAUGGCUCCUUCGGUGUUGUUUUCCAGACCAAGCUGUCGCCAUCUGGAGAGGAUGCUGCUAUCAAGCGAGUCCUUCAGGACAAGCGAUUCAAGAACCGUGAGCUCCAAAUCAUGCGCAUUGUCCGCCACCCCAACAUUGUUCAGCUGAAAGCUUUCUAUUAUUCCAAUGGUGAACGUAAAGAUGAGGUUUACUUGAACCUCGUCCAAGAGUUCGUGCCCGAGACCGUCUACCGAGCCUCUCGAUUUUUCAACAAGAUGAAGACUACCAUGCCUAUCCUGGAGGUCAAGUUGUACAUCUACCAGUUAUUCAGAGCCUUGGCGUACAUUCACUCUCAGGGCAUCUGUCACCGAGACAUCAAACCUCAGAACCUUCUCCUGGAUCCCAACAGCGGCAUCCUUAAGCUUUGCGAUUUCGGAAGUGCGAAAAUUUUGGUCCCUAAUGAGCCCAACGUUUCGUACAUCUGCUCCCGGUACUACCGUGCACCUGAACUUAUCUUCGGUGCGACAAAUUAUACCACAAAGAUUGAUGUGUGGUCUACUGGCUGUGUGAUGGCUGAACUGAUGCUUGGUCAACCUCUUUUCCCUGGCGAGUCCGGUAUUGAUCAGCUCGUUGAAAUUAUCAAGGUCCUGGGCACUCCUACUCGAGAACAAAUUCGAACCAUGAACCCCAACUACAUGGAGCACAAGUUCCCCCAGAUCAAGCCUCAUCCAUUUAACAAGGUCUUCCGAAAGGCUGAUGCCAAUGCUAUUGACCUUAUCGCCCGCCUCCUUGAGUACACCCCAACCGAGCGACAGUCAGCUAUCGAUGCUAUGGUUCAUCCUUUCUUUGACGAGCUUCGGGACCCCAAUACAAAGCUCCCUGAUUCGCGACACGGCACUGGCCAGCUUCGUGAACUCCCUGCGCUUUUCGAUUUUACACGCCAUGAACUCUCAAUCGCCCCCAGCCUGAACCAAAAGCUUGUUCCAGCACACAUUCGACCCGUGCUAGCAUCUCAAGGCCUUGAUAUCGACCAUUUCACACCCUUGACGGAGCAGGAGAUGAUGGCGAAACUCGAUUGA